UCCGAACAUGCUGCUGUGUUUACAUUAAAUUCCGAACAGUUUGAGCUGUCAUUUUCAAGCUUACUUUUAGCAGAGGAAGAUGUCCAGCGAAACAUCACAAGUUCUGUUGUCCGUAGAAGCAGAGGGAUUUGUACAGGCGCUAGAAAAAUUUGAUGUAAAAGACGUUGGAAAUGGCAGGUGGACCAAGCAACAUGAAUAUUUGGAGAAGCUCAACAUGCAGGCUGUCAUCAGUGCUUCAGUACAGGAAGAUGAAUUUGUAAAAGAAUUCCUCGUGACAUAUGAAAAAGUUCCUGUCUUGAUUUAUGAUCUUCUAGUGACAGAAGUAUGGAAAGAAAAGAUCUUCACAGAACUUAUUGCCAUGGAUUUUGAACCAAAGACAACAUUUCAACUGUACAUGGUGAUAUAUCAUGAGGCAACUGUUGCUAAUUUACUGGAGACGGUCAUGUACCAUAAGGAGGUCUGCGAGUCAGCUGAGGAGAGUGUAAUCGACCUGAUUGAUUACUGCUACAGGAAACUGACUGCUCUAAUUGCAAGGUAAAAAAAAAUCUAUUGUUAUUCACCACCAGAAUUUAAGGGUGAGGGAUCCAAGGAUGAUGGUUUUCUGUUGCAGGAGUUGCACAAGCAAGAGGAGAAGUUACAGUUUGACAUCUGCAUAAAAGCAGUUUCCAUACUGAGAUAUAUUACAGAUCAUCUGGAUAUCUUGCCAUUAAGUAUUACAACAAGAUUACUGAACACCUUGGACAUCCCUAUCAUGCUUGUGCAGCUUGUGGACAAUCCCCCUUGGACCAAAAGAGAUGGCAGCAAUGUUUCAAAAUACAUUGACAACAAAUGGCAAAAUAUUUGUCACGCAGAUUACUUCAAGCUAACAAAAACAGAAGGCCAGGUCUGGAUUGCAUUGUUUCAUUUAUUAAUGGAACCAAAUUGCCAGCAGAAAUAUGAACUGAGUUCAUAUCGUAAAAAUGUCCUUCUUAAGCUGCGACCACAUUUGUCAGAGGUUAUGCUGGAUCAGAUGCCUAUAUUAGGAGAGAUGCAGAGAUACCUAGAACAUCUUUCCAUGAUGGACCCACCUGCUGCCAAGAAAGACCUUGUUCUGGAACAGAUUCCAGAAGUUAAGGACAAAAUUCUCAGGGAUAAUGCUGGUAAAUGGGGAAAAAUAGCCAAGUACCAGUCAAAAAAACAUUUCAAUCCUACGGCUCAGGAUAUGAAAGAUCAAGCAAAGCGAUGGGCAGAUACCUACAAUUUUGAUGUACUGGAGAGUCUGAUAACUGAACCUCCAAAAUGUGCAGCUUGUGGGGAGGCAGCUACAAAAAGAUGUUCUCGCUGUCAGAACGAGUGGUAUUGCAGAAGGGAAUGCCAAGUGAAACAUUGGUCGAAGCACAAGAAAGCAUGUGAUCUUCUGUUCAAUUCCCUGGAGAAAUUACGCCUUGAAGAGAGCAAAACAGAAAACUCAUCUAAAACAUGACAAUAUUGUAUACAAUGAACCAUUGUCAGUAUUACGUGAACAAAAUAUUUGCAUUGAUCUAUUCAUUGAGUGCAUGGUAUCCUUGAACAAUGGAAAUUCAUGCAUGUCUUGAAGACAAGUCAUAAUUAAUACCACUCCUUAGCAAACAUGGCAAGUUUUGCCAAUGGUGCCAUAAGUUGAUAGAGAUAUUAUAUAAACACAUGUAUCGUCAAGUAAAUGUAACAUUAAUGUCCAGUGGUAAUGAUGGUCUGUUCAGCAAUAACUGUUCUCUCCAUUCACUCAUGCUUGCAGAUUCUGCAUUAUAUUUUAGCGUAUAAAUACAUACUGAAUUUAUGUACAAUUUGGUUGCACAUUGACAACAUAUAUUUUAUGUAUUGGAACAACACAUGAAACCACCUCGGUCAGACAGAAAGGUUGUGCAUCUGGAAUUGUUACAAAUAUAUGUACUAAUAUUGAAAUGUUAUUCUGUUAUGAACGUGUACAAAAUUUACAUUCCGUCCGUCCAUUCAGAUUAUUAAAUGUUUUAUAUUUCCAUGCAUUUUAUCACCUAACUUGUUUUUAUGAAUAAAACUUAUUGUUUUGAAUGUGAACAUAAUUACACUGAUUUGGGCUGUUAUUUUGAUCUGUACUACACAUUAAUUUUAGGAUUUAUUCUGUUAGUGGUUUGUUUACAGGCGUUGAUGUGCAUUUCAAGAGGAUAUUCGCUAUUGGCAAAUUUGACCAACCCUGUCUAUGUGUGUAUGUAGUUCACCUUCUAAGAACAAAGGUCAUUUUUAUAAAACUUUAAUGCAUUGUAACAUGG